UUCUUGAAGUAUACACUUUCGGCGCUGCAGUUUUGAUUUUAAAUUCAAUGUAUUACUUGGUAGAAGACGAAGGUAGUAUUGUAUGUAUUCUUCUGCAGUUGUCUUUCAUAGCUGGAAGUUUUCAGAACGUUCAAGUAUUUUGAAAAGUUAUCACCAGAGGUCCUCUUCGGAAUGUUCUUUUGCGAUUACUCGAUUUUUUUAAAUUUAAUUAUAUUGUGGAAAUUUUACAGUAUUGACUCUGCAGUUGCGCCAAAAAUUAAGCCGUUUUACUUUUCGAAAUCUGUACACGAAGGACAAAGGGAACAAGUAAUAUGUUCUGCUAUAACUGGCGAUCUUCCAUUAACUUUUAUGUGGAAAAAAGAUGGAGUUGCUUUUGAAAAUUUUCAUGACAUUACUCUAGUAUCGAAUGAAUUAUUUUCAGUCUUGGUUAUUGUGUCGAUAAAAGCAGAGAACGUUGGAAAUUACACCUGUAUUUUAAAAAACGCUUUUGGUACCGAUACCUAUACGGCAUCCUUGGUUAUGAAAGGUUCAACAAUUCCGAAAAUUAAACCUUUUCAUUUUAUGAGUACAGUGCAAGAAGGAGAAAGACAACAAGUAAUGUGUUCUGUUGUUGCUGGUGAUCCACCUUUCACAUUUACUUGGAAGAAAGAUGGUGCAGAAAUUUCAAAAUCGAUAAAAAUAAAAAUGGAUGAGUUAUAUUCCGUUCUAAUUAUCCCAUUUGUGCGUUCAGAAGAUAUAGGAAAUUAUUCCUGUAUCGUUCAGAAUGAAGCAGGAAUUGAUCAGUACACAGCUGCAUUAUAUAUGAAAGUUUAUAUAGCAGUCGCUAGUGGCGUUCCUGUUAGCUAUACCCGAAAGUCUUUGCUGUUGGAAGAUUUUAAAACCAUCACAUAUUUUGAUUUGUAUUCUUGAUAAUUCGUCCAUUUUGGUAAGGAUUUCUAAACACAUAACUUCAAGUAAUUAUAAAUAGAUCUUUUGAAAUCCUAUGUGAAGUAUGCAGAUUCUUAUUUUAUAUCAUUACAAUGUCCAUUAUUCUUUGUACUGAAUGCUUUACAAUACUCCAAUAGUUCUCGAAUGAGUUUCGAGAGGUCGCCACCGAAAUGUUUUUACGGAUGAUAAAUUUAGUGGUCUGUUUUCUUCACAUUUGGAAUUUGAAAAUAGUGAAAGGUAAUAGUAUUCCAAAAAUCAUGCCUUUUCAAUUUUUGUCAACUGUUCA